AUGGGUUUACCUGGACCAAUACAUGAUUUUCUUUUAGUCUUUCUGGGAUCGGGUCUUAUAUUAGGAAGUCUAGGAGUAGUAUUACUUCCCAAUCCAAUUUAUUCGGCCUUUUCGUUGGGAUUGGUUCUUUUUUGUAUAUCCUUAUUCUAUAUUCUAUCGAACUCAUAUUUUGUAGCUGCUGCGCAGCUCCUUAUUUAUGUGGGAGCUAUAAAUAUUUUAAUCAUUUUUGCUGUGAUGUUCAUGAGUGGUUCAGAAUAUUACAAAGAUUUUCAUCUUUGGACCGUUGGGGAUGGAGUUACUUCAAUAGUUUGUACAAGUCUUUUUAUUUCACUAAUUACUACUAUUCCAGAUACGUCAUGGUACGGGAUUAUUUGGACUACAAAAUCAAACCAGAUUAUAGAGCAAGAUUUGAUAAGUAAUAGCCAACAAAUUGGAAUUCAUUUAUCAACAGAUUUUUUUCUUCCAUUUGAACUCAUUUCAAUAAUUCUUUUAGUCGCUUUAAUAGGUGCAAUUGCUAUAGCUCGUCAAUAA